AUGGGAUUACCUAGAACGUUUUUUCGAUUCGAGGAACUACCAAUUCUUGUUCAACUACAAAUAUGGAACGACGUAAUUUACGGGAGAAGCCCUGGUUGGCUUAAUGCUAAAGCCAACAUCUCUCUUCGCGUCCGAAUGCAACCAUAUCUUAACAACCAGAAUCGGCUGAGUUUCGUUUUCGCUGCUGCCCGUCCUAAUUCUGCCCAUUUAGAUGCUUUAAUGAAUACUAGUUCGGAGGCACAGGCAAUGGUCCUAAGACGUUUCCCAGACUCUAUCAGACUCGGUAAUGGGAGAGUUCUGCGUUUCCGGGCGUCUUCUGAUAGAAUUGUUCUUGAUCCAGCUACACUUUUUGCUUUAUUUAUGUACAUGACACCACGCUCUAUCAGAGGUUCACGGUCUCGACCACAAGCGAUCAAUUACGGACCUACAAUUAGAAAUCGCUCAAUGAGGGGCUUCGGCCAGAUCCAACGGAUCGGGAUCACUCCAUUGAAUAGAGUUCCCAACAACGCAGAAGGGCUAGGUCUUCUAUUAGACAAUCUUCUUACGGGCGUUUUACAAGCUGGUCUCGUUCGCAGUGCGGUAACUAUGGCAGUGCCAAGAGACGAACCUACGGCAAGGACUCUUUUCGAGCAGACGCUAAGAGACUUUCAAGUAACACUUAACCAAGCGGAUUCGGAAUUCAUGGAGACCGCCAUUAGAGAGCUGCUCAUUGACUGGACCGAGUUUUGGGAUAAUGGAACUAAUCCGGGUGCAAUCACAGAUCGGCUGACCUCAACAGCUAUACCGCCUAGAUUUGCGCUGUUUCAAAAUCUUCCACCAGAGCUACGUUCGACGAUUCUCUUCAUGGCGGCUGGCUUAGACCCGGAUGCGCAUAGGAUCGUACUGCGCUCCACAAUGACGCCAAGUCUAAGUAGAGGUGCAGGUAUUACGACGGUGCGAUGCGACGUGAGGGUUUUUCAACCAGGGUACCCACUUGGCACUGAGCGUGAUGCUCGGAUCGUAAGCCAGAUCAACCAGGAAAGCAGGCAAACAUUUACACAACGAUAUCCUAAUGCAUUACGUAUUGGUAAUGUCUUCCGCCGUAUAUACUUUCACCCUCAAAGGGACCAUAUUUUUGUGGAUCUCGACUCUCUGUUUGCUCUAUCACAGUGGGUUCGUGGUGCAGACGCAGUAUGGAUGGCGCAACAUGUAUCCGGUUUCGAGAAUGUCCAGCGUUUUGUUGUGCCUCACCCGAAUCCGAUGGCUCUUGAUGGGCUCGUCUUGAAUCCGUCCUUGGGAAUGUUAAUAGGAUUAAUGCCAGCGGGAGCAGUGCAAGGAGAGAAUUCAGGACUUCCUCUUAUUAACGGAAGACAAGCUGGAGUUCAUGCCGCUAUUCUCAAUAUUAACAGGGCCUUGUUGGCCUUGGGCGACAUAAUGAACGAUUUCGCUUUUUCGCGAGUAUAUGCAAUUGAGUGGCUCUCGCUCGCGAUAGAUGCUUUUUUUGCUACGACCUAA